GACUAAAGUGGGUGGGGCUGGUAGUUUAAUAAUUAAAAGAUGGCUGUCAGAUUGUUGAAUAUGAGUCGCUUCGCUAGACUCUCCAGGCCUCUGCUGCGUACCACUAGACAAUACAGUGGUGCUGCUGCUAGUGUGGAUGGAAGCUACACUGGCCCUGACAUGAAAACCACUGUUCCAGGCCCAAAAUCAAAGGAGCUGUUUGGAGAUCUGAUGAAAAUACAACAAGCUGGGGGUGUUCAGUACUUUGUGGAUUACAACAAGUCUCAAGGAAACUAUCUGGUGGAUGCUGACGGAAACGUUUUACUGGAUCUCUUUGGGCAGGUUGGAUCGAUUCCUCUUGGUUACAACCACCCAGCUAUCAAGGAGAGGAUCACCUCUCAAGGUAUCGACACCCUGGUCAACCGCCCGGCUCUUGGUUGCUUCCCUCCAACAGACUAUGCGCAGACACUGCAGGAUGCACUGCUAUCAGUUGCUCCCAAAGGAAUGUCUGAGGUGAUGACUCUGAUGUGUGGCUCCUGUGCCAAUGAGAAUGCUUUUAAAGCUUCAUUCAUCAGUUUCAUGGAUCGUCAAAGAGGUGGUCCUGUUAACCCUAGUGCUGAGGAGUAUGCCUCGGCUCUCUAUAAUAAGGGCCCAGGGUGCCCCAAGCUGAGUGUGCUGUCUUUCAAGGGAGCUUUUCAUGGCAGAUUGCUGGCCACUCUGUCCUGUACUCAUAGCAAGGUGAUCCACAAGUUGGACAUCCCCGCUCUGGACUGGCCCUGUGCCCCAUUCCCCCAACUCAAGUACCCCUUGGACCAGUUUGUGCGGGAGAACCAGCAGGAAGAGAAGAAGUGCUUGGAAGAGGUAGAGGAUAAUUUCUCGACUUCCCAGAAGAAUGGUGUUCCAAUAGCCACUGCCAUCAUCGAGCCCAUCCAGGCUGAAGGUGGUGAUAAGCAUGCAAGUCCAGAGUUCUUCGAAGGGCUGCAAACAAUCUGCAAGAAAUACGGAGCCAGUUUCAUGGUGGAUGAGGUACAGACUGGCUGUGGGGGCACUGGAUACAUGUGGGCACACGAGGCCUGGGAUCUGCCAGAGCCUGCUGACUUCGUCACUUUUGCCAAGAAAAUGCAGAUCGGAGGGUUCUACUACACCAGUGAGCGAAGAACUAACGAGGCCUUCCGCAUCUUCAACACAUAUGUUGGUGACCACAUGAGGACCGUGGUACUGGGUGCUAUAGUGAACGAGAUGACCAAGAGACAAUUGCUGGGUCAAGUCAAGGAAACUGGUGAAGUGCUGCUCACUGGACUGCAAAAGUUAGAGGGUAUGCAUCCGUCGCUGGUGCACAGUGCUAGGGGAGCAGGUACCUUUUGUGCCAUUGAUUGUCAUGAUUCUGCUACCAGGGACAAACUUGUAGGACAGCUCAAGAAUAAAGGAUUCCAGGUGGGAGGUUCAGGUGAACUGGCCAUCAGAUUCAGACCUGCUCUUGUCUUUGAGCCAAGGCAUGCAAACAUGUUCCUGGAGGCUUUUGACGAUGUCCUCAAAAGUCAAUAAUUGUUUUUCAAACAAAACUUUAAAAAAUUAUUUUGUUGAAGCCUUUAACUGUUUAUUAUAAGUACGUGUGGAGACGUUUUACUUGAGAGUUGUAGACAUGUAUGAUGCAGAGUUAUUUCACUAA